CUUCUGAUCAACAGGGAGCAUGUUUCUGCCAAAAAAGGUGCCUUGGCUGUGUUGUAAAAUAUUAUUAUAAUAUUGCAAAAGAAACUUUUGCAACGUUGAAGUUUUGCAACGUUGAGAGCAACGUCUUUCUUUGGCCAACGUUCAUAAUGGAACUUUUAUAAUUUUGCAACGGUUCUUCCUGCAUGCUUUAUAAAUAUAAGCAUUCCAUCUCAUUUGAAGUCAAGCACAAAAACAUAUUUUCAAUCUCUAUUUUCUAUCCUUCUAUCUUGUAGUCAAAAUUUCAUAUCCUGGGUAUAUACUUUUAGAGUUUCUUGCUAGUUCUGAGAUCCUCAGAUAUAUUCUGGGAAGUUCCUGUUGUAUCCUGGGGGACUUGCGCAAUACAUCGCGGAUAAGUCCUUAAGGACAGUGAAUCUACACGCCUCAGGAAAUUGCGGUUCAAGUUUUUGUCAGCACAUUUUACUACAAUCUUAAGGACUUAUGGCUGACAACAACAACAGCUCAAUCCCGGAGACUCAGAAUAUUGCUUCCGGAACCCAGACGGUUUUCGCAAAAUCUCUUCCGGACGUGUCAAAAAUCGAGAUUUUCUCCGGACAGAACUUCCGACGCUGGCAAGAACGUGUGUCCACCCUGCUUGACAUGUAUGGAGUUGCAACUGCUCUUUCAUCUCCGAAACCGGACUCCAGUCUUCCUUCAAACUCAAAAUUAGUUGAAGAAUGGAUUUACGCGAACAAGGUAUGCCGACACACUUUGCUUAGUGCGCUUUCUAAUGAUUUGUUCGAUGUGUAUUGUUCCUACAAGGAAGCGAAAGACAUUUGGGAUUCGUUGAUUCUCAAAUAUACUGCCGAAGAUGUCGUCAGACAAAGGUUCGUUAUAGGAAAUUACUAUCGCUGGGAGAUGAUUGAAGAUAAGGAUAUGAAGUCGCAAAUCAAUGAGUACCACAAGCUGCUCGAAGAUAUCAAAGCGGAGAACAUCCUUCUACCAGAUGAAUUUGUUUCGGAAUUGCUGAUCGAGAAACUGCCGCCUUCUUGGACUGAUUACAAGCAACAACUGAAACACAGACACAAGCAGAUGCCACUCUCAGAGCUCAUCACUCACAUAAUUGUUGAAGAUACCAACAGGAAAGAAUGUGCCGCUGCAAGAGCCAAAACCUUGUCUGCAAAAGCAAAUGUGGUAGAGGAUAGACCUGCUCCCAAAAGGAGCAGAUGAAGGAAUGUCGUCUGAUUCAGUGCCAAUGAAGAAAGAGAUAGAAGAAUAAAUUAGAAGAAUUCGAGUUAUAUUUAUGAGUUUGUAGUUGAAAUCUGAG